AUGAGGAAAAGUGUGACUGUGGAUCUUCGUACCAUAUCGGAGGAAGAAGCAAAAGUAGCAGAAAUAAAAGAAACAGUGGCAGAAAGACAGAAACGUUGCGACGAAGAUUUAGCAAAGGCAGAACCAGCUGUUCGUCAAGCAGAAGCUGCUCUUGACACGUUAAACAAACGAGUUUCUAACGUGAAUAGUCCAUUUAGUAAAAUCGUUACAUUACAGAACAAUUUGACUGAACUGAAAUCAUUUGGCACACCACCGCCACAAGUUGCGAUGGUGGCAGAAGCAGUGCUGGUCUUAUUCGCCCCGAAAGGUAAAAUACCGAAAGACAGGAGUUGGAAAGCAUGUAAAGCGAUGAUGGGCUCCGCCGAUCAGUUCCUCUCUUCACUUCGAAAUUACGACAAGGAAAAUAUUCAUCCUGAAGUCGUUAAAGCUAUUCAGCCUUACAUCAACAAUAAAGAAUUCGAUCCAGAAGUGAUUUAUUCCAAAUCACAGGCAGCAGCUGGAUUAUGUAGCUGGGUUAAAAAUAUUAUGGUGUUUCAUUAUAUUAACGAAACAGUGAAGCCAUUGAGAGCUGCACUAGCACAAGCUAAUGCUGAACUGAAGGCUGCCAUGGAUCACUUGACAUCUUUAAGAACGAGGCUUUCGGAACUACAGAAAAUGCUCGACAUCCUAGGAGAAAGAAUGAACGCAGCUUUAGCGGAGAAGCAAAAAUGUCAGGACGAAGCUGAUGCCACAGCGUUGACGAUUGAUUUAGCAAACAGACUAGUGAAUGGUUUAGCAUCGGAAAAAAUUCGAUGGACCGCAACGGUGGAAACGUUGAGAAGUUCGAGGGUUAUGAUACCAGGCGACGUACUCGUCGUAACAGCAUUUUUAUCUUAUAUGGGAUGCUUCACCCGAAAAUAUAGAUACGAUUUGAUGUAUGAAAAAUGGAUGCCAUUCCUCAACGACUUACAAGUGAAAAUCCCGAGAACCGAAGAUCUGGAUAUUCUGAGUUUACUGUCGGACGAUGCGCAAAUCGCGCAAUGGAAUAAUGAAGGUUUACCAACUGAUCGAAUGUCCUCCGAAAAUGCAACGAUACUAAUGAACUCAGCAAGGUGGCCAUUAAUGAUAGACCCACAGUUACAAGGAAUAAAAUGGAUAAAAAAUCGAUACGGAGAAGAUUUACGAGUGCUUCGACUGACUCAACCAAAUUACUUGAACUUAAUCGAAAUCUCUAUCGCGAACGGGGGUACCGUGCUGAUCGAAAAUAUCAUGGAAUCGAUCGAUCCUAUUUUAGAUCCUGUUAUUAAGAGGGAAUUGAUCAAGAAAGGAACGGCAAUCAAAAUUUGGGACAAGGAAGUUGAUUACGAUCCACAUUUCCGGCUGAUUCUACAAACAAAACUGGCAAAUCCUCAUUAUAAACCGGAAAUACAAGCUCAAACAACUCUCAUUAACUUUACUGUAACCAGAGAUGGUUUAGAAGAACAACUUCUGGGAGAAGUCGUAAAAGCAGAAAGACCCGACUUAGAAAAUAAAAAAGCCGAGUUGACGACUCAACAAAAUACGUUUAAAAUUACGUUGAAGACACUGGAAGACGAUCUAUUGCACAGGUGGGUGUCCUAG